GGCUAUGAAUACAAGCCGGACAAGAGGCAUAUUGACUUGAAGGCUGUGACUGCAGAGUUUUUGGGCACCCUGCUCUUGACCUUUGUUGGAUGUGGUGCUGCCACAGUGCACGGCGCUGGCACUCCCAUCACACGGCUGAUCAUCGCAUUCUCCUUUGGCAUGACCGUGAUGGCAGUGGCUUAUGCCAUCGGACACCACUCGGGAGGGCACCUCAACUGUGCCGUGACCUUCUCGUUGGUGCUGGGAGGUGCUGUGUCCUGGAAUCAGGGACUGGCCAAUCUGGUGGCACAAUGCUUUGCCUCGAUUGUAGCCUGCAUUCUCCUGACCAUCAUUCAUCCUUGCGAGAUGGAUCUGACUACCACUUUGGCGACCAACAUCCCAGCACCAGGUUUCACAGACUGGCAAGUGAUUCUGGCAGAAGCGAUUGGGACCUUCCUCCUUUGCUUCACGGUGUGGGAGACGGCCGUGACCAAAGUGGCCAGUAGCGGAAAGAACUCGUGCCUGGUGAUUGGGAUGUCGGUCUUUUUGGCCAUCCAAGUCUUGAUUCACGUGGAUGGUUGCUCUAUCAACCCCAACCGAUCUUUGGGCCCUGCUCUGGUUUCGAAACUGCGAGGCUGCAGCAACUACACCGAAGGAGGGAUCAGUGCACUUUGGAUGAUGUGGGUGGGACCACUCUUUGGAGCACUUCUUGCUGCCCUCUCCCGCUUAGUCUUUGCCCCAAAGGCAGUCUUGUUGAAGCAACAGAUGUCUGUGGAUUGGGGUGCUGCUCAUCGCUCAGAUACCGGCUUUGGAUUUGACAGCCGCACUUCUUUGGAUCUGAAGGCGGGUCUGGCAGAGCUCGUUGGCACCGGGCUGCUGACGUUUUUGGGCUGUGGUGUGGCUUCAUUGAACGGCGCGGACACGGCUGAAAAGAAGCUGACCAUCGCCAUGGAGUUUGGCUUGGGGGUGGCGGUUUUGGCUUAUGGCACUGGCCAUCAUUCUGGUGGUCAGUUGAACCCUGCGGUGACCUUGUCGCUCGUGGUGGGCAAGGCAGUGACUAUGGAACAAGGCGUCGUCAACUUGGCCUGUCAAGUCUUGGGUUGCGUGAUCGGAGCCGCUCUCUUAGGCGCAGUGGUGCCAUGCGACAAGGAUUUGACGAUGAGUUUGGCCUCAAACUCAGUGGCGCCAGGAUACGACUUGGGCCACGCACUCUUUGGAGAAGCUGUUGGCACCUUCCUGCUGUGCUUCACCGUCUGGGAGACUGCAGUGGUGUCAGUGUCACAAACCGGUAAGAAUGCCUGCCUUGCGAUUGGAGGAUCCGUGAUGAUCUCAGUGUGCAUGUUGAUUCCUAUCACGGGCUGCUCCAUCAACCCCGCGCGUUCCCUGGGCCCUGCUGUUGUGAGCCGCUUUCGAGGCUGUGACAACUAUGCCCCUGGAGGACUGCAGGACCUAUGGAUCAUGUGGCUUGGCCCUUGCUUGGGUGGUAUUUUGGCGGCUUUUGCUCAUCGACCACUCUCAUUGUUGCCUGUUGAACAGUCACCUCCCGGUUCACCUGUUACCGUUGAUUGAGGUGAUCAUAUCAUCGGAACGCCUGGAAUGAGUGGCCCCUUUGUCAAAACCACGCCAUUGCCGCGCUGCAUUGCUGCGCCACCAGGUGGUGAAUUUUAACAUCACCUCACUAGGAAGUUUAGUGAGCAACCAACCAA